AUGAAUAUUUAUUUCUUGACAAUAAUAUUAUUUCUUCAAAAAGUUACCUCUGAACCAUGUCCAGGAUCACAUGGAUUUUUAUUAGCACCAACUGGUAAAUGUUUUAAAAUUUAUCAUGGAAGACAUGAUUAUAAUUUAAUAUAUCGUUCAUGUAAAGAAAAAGGAGGAGAAUUGUCUAAUUUUUUUUCAGAUAUUGAUACAUAUGGUUUUAAUUUAAUAAUUGAAAAACAUUAUCAAAAAAUAAAAGAAAAAUUUGUUGAUCGUGGUUUUACAUGUUAUAAUAAAAAUGAUAAAUGUAAAGUUAAUUUUGACAAUAAAACUGAUGUUCAAAAUAAUGUUAUUUUUUUAACAAAUAAUUUACCAUGUAGAGGAGUGAUGGAUUUAAAUAGUCUUAUAUUUUAUUGUAUAGAUAUGACAUCUCAAAGUGAUAUUAUUUAUGCAUGUCACAAAGAACCACUAUAUAUUAGAAAAUGUUUAAAUUUAGAUUAUAAAAAAUAUUUAGAUGGAAAUUGUUAUAGAUUAAUAGAAAAUUUUGUUGUUACAAAAAAGACAGCAGAAGCAAUUUGUAAAGAUGAAUCAGGAACAUUACCAAUAAUUUCAAAUUAUCUUGAAAAUGAUAUUAUUAAUAAACUUUACAAUAAAAUACAAUCACCAUUUUGGCUUGAUUUUUCAUGUUCUACAAAAAAUAGUUCCUCUUGCAGUUGGAGUACAGAAGAAAAAAUGAAAAUCAAUCAAUUGGGAAAUUUUAAUUUUGAGAAUGAAAAUUUGUGUGGAUAUAUUCAAAAUGCAGGAACUUGGAAUGUUGAUAAUUGUGAUACACAAAAAAGAUUAUUAUGCCAAAUUAAAGAAAAAUAA